CUGUUUUUCGUUUCACGCAAAAAUAAAACCGACUGCUCAAAAGUGGUGUCCAGGUCGUAGUUGUGUCACAUUUUAAUUUAAUUUUGCACUGACCAAACGACCCAAAAAUGAUUCUUCUCACUAUGAUAGCGAGAGUAAGUGACGGGCUUCCUCUAGCGGCCACAAUGCAGGACGACGAGCAGUCUGGAAGAAAUAUUCUGGAAUACCAGAACCAGGCGAAGCUGCUUUUUAGAAAGCUGAACCACCAGAGCCCUCCCAGAUGCACCAUUGAGACUGGACCGUACUUGUUCCAUUAUCUUAUAGAACACGAUGUUUGCGUUUUGGUGCUGUGCGACAAAAAUUUCUCCAAGAGACUGGCCUACUCAUAUCUCGAGGACCUGUCUCAGGAGUUCAACUCUCAAUAUGGACGGAGAGUGAGUUCCGUCACUCGACCAUACACCUUCAUUGAAUUUGACACAUAUAUCCAGAAGGCAAAGAAGUCUUUCAUGGACUCGAGAUCGAGAAGAAAUUUGACCGCUUUAAACACAGAGCUUCAGGAUGUGCAGAGGAUCAUGGUGCAGAACAUUGACGACGUUCUGCAAAGAGGAACCAUGCUCUCAGAACUCGAUUCGAAAGCGCAAAAUCUGUCCAUGAUGUCCCAGCAGUAUAAAAAAGAUGCGGCCUAUUUGAAUUCAAAAUCGUUUUAUGUCAAGGUGGCUGCGGGUGCCAUCGUGGUUUUCAUAUUCAUCCUGUACUUUUGGAUUCUGUGAUUCUGCAUGCUUGACAGUUAUAGGGUUUUGUACAUGGGCUGGACAUACAAUUAUUCUUCUUUUCCGAAGGCCCGGAUUGAUUACACAAUGCAUUAUAAAUGUUUUACAAAGGUGUUCGUUCAUCUUCCCAGAGAGGCCAAAGCACGGCUGCUUUAUUAAUUAUUUAUUUCAAGUGCAGCCCUUGGUUUCAGCCAAAAAAAUUUAAAUUCUGCACCUAUUAUUGUUACUCAACAUCCUCUAUAAUUAUUUAAAGUGUGCUCAUUCCUUGUCCUUGGUAAAUUGUGUUAAAAUAAAGAUAUGAUUAUAUUGUUUGUAAAUAAACCAACUUUUAUAUUUCUAAA